CCUAGUGACAUGCAGUCUACAUAUGGUCCAUACUGUACUCUCACCCACAGCCCAAGGUAGCCCAGUGACAUGCAGUCUAUGGUCUAUACUGUACUACUGUCACUUAAGGCUCUGAUAGCUUAGUCAUCCGUCAUCGGUGGGUUAGGUCUUGUGUGGUCAGAUGUCAGGUACGGGCUGUUUAGUAGUCAGGUGCAGGGCCCCGUUCCACAAAUCGAUCGUAACGUUAAGACGAUCGUAAAAAACCCAUACUUAAACAUAGACCUACGACAAUCGUAGUGCUACGAUCGCUUUGAGGAACGGGGCCCAGAACUCUUCAAUGGUCAGCAGUAGGAGCAGAUCAGUGGUCAGUUUCGAGCAUAAUAAGUGACUAACGUUACUUGUAAUUGGAUUAGUAGAGCUUUUGCACAAGACUCAGUGUCUUGUAAUCCGCUGCGUGUGAUCCACGGAAACAACCGACACGCGUGUAUGGAUAUAACCAACUGUCCAUUCCAGAAAACUAAUGGAACGUUUUAAAUAGAAUGACGUCACAAAUGUAAUGUGACAUGUGAAUACAUCAGUUCCUGUUAUAAAUCAAGGACAGUACUUAAAAACAAUACAGUUGUCGUUAUGCUUUUAAGAUGUUCAAGUGUUUAAUAUUUAAAGGCCCGUCUGCAACAACUGUGACUAAUACCAAUAGCUACCGUUAACAUGAAAACUUUAUGCUUGGCUUUGUUUCCGCUUGUUUUGCAUGACGAAGGAAGUUAAGUCAUUCUUUCUUCUGUUGUAUUGAUUCAAAUAUAUCAACGUGCACCCAGAGAAUAAAGGAAUUAUUGAUGGGCCUUCGUCUUGUACAGGAAAGAUGUUCUGACUGACUGCCAACUUCACUCGCGAAGGCCAAAUCCCGAGCGUCAUUGAUCUUCUGGUGUUCCUGUCAUGUGACAAUUGACUACCAAUUACAAGAUUUGUAAAUUAUUAUUUAAUUAAGCCGAAACGUCUUGAUAUACAGUCGUAUCAUUGCUAUUUUGUCAGGAUUUUCAUUUGUUCUUGGUUACUUACACAAUCAUUAAUUGUCGUUGUCCAACCUCACACAGCAGGACACCACUUGACUGGAUGGGUGAAGGCCUACCGUAUUAACCCUGUCUGAUUAUGAAGGAUGUUUUCUUAUUCAGCUUGAGCGAGGACUGGUAUUAGUUAUACACUCGGAGGGCCGAGGACUUGUGAGACAGUGACGCAAUGCAUGGAAACAAAAUGGACAGUAAUGGGAAUGAAUCGUUUCCUUCCCUCAUCAAUUACUUCGCGGAAAACACGAGCAUGCAUGGGAUAUCAAGGUUUAUUGGAAAAACGGGUUUUUUCAGAAGAACAUUUUGGGUUCUGGCGGUGUUAACCGGAGCUGGCGUUGCUAUGUACAACAUCUGGACGAUAGGCACCGCCUACAGCAGUUGGAAGGUAUCUACGGUGAUCAAACUCGAAUACAACUCCAAACUUCGAUUCCCAGCCGUGACCAUUUGCAACCUCAACCCAGUGAGGAAGACAAGUAUUGAUGGGGUACAGGCGGAAUUUGACGACUUGAAAACAGCUUUACGAUACGAGAACAACAGUGCACGUACAAGGGAUGAAGACUUCCCAGACUGGGGGAAUUCCUCAAUCUCAUUCGAUGCCUACGACAGCGACCACCGGACAGCCAUCGACUUCCAGAAAGUAAUGGCAACAACGAAGAAGGCACUGAAAGUCCAAAUCGGCCAUCAGAUCCAAGAUAUGCUGUUGGAUUGCUCCUUUCAAGGAAAAGUUUGCACACCUAGCAACUUCACCCACUUCUACAACUACAUGCACGGGAACUGCUACACCUUCAUCCCAAAAGACGAAGCCUUCACCUUUAUCAGCAAGACGGGGCCGUUGUACGGUCUGGCUCUGAUGCUAUACGUUGAGGAGGAGAAGUAUAUCUCCAGCCUUGGCAGCAGCGGCGUGGGCUUCAAGGUGGUCGUCCACAACCACAAUACCAUGCCAUUCCCAGAGGACGAGGGGUUCGACACAAGCCCUGGGUUUGCCACAUCCGUCGGCGUCACGAAGGUAACCACAGAACGUGUUUCGGCCCCCUACGGUAACUGCAAGGGCUACGGAUCGGGGGUAGAAGAACCACCCAAUAUAUUCACCACCCAGGUUCCUAACAUCACCUACAGUGAUCAGACGUGCAAGAAGACGUGUGUGCAGAAGAUGCUUGUGUCGGAGUGCGGCUGCUGUAACAACCUCUAUCCCUGCGACCACAAAGCCCUCAGCAUCAUCAACUCUAGCAUCACAAACACAGUCGGGUUUUGUAUCCUUCAAGACGAGACGAAAGCGGCUUGUGCAUCAGCGGUGUCGGAUAAGCUAGAAAAUAACCAGAUGUUUUGUCCAGACAGCUGUGACCCAAACUGCAAAGAUGAGUCUCAUCAGUUGGAGAUCUCCACAGCCAUGUGGCCAGCUAGUAGUCAUCUUUCCGGCCUUGUAGAUACCUUCAUCAAAGGCUUCACGAAAAGGCAGCGUGCACCGCCUAUCAACAAGAAUGCUUCUGCCGAUGAAAAAGAUGACUUUUUCAGGAGAAACAUGAUGAGAUUAAACGUGUUCUACAAGCAACUAAACUAUCAGAAGAUACAGACAAAGCCGGCAUAUGACUGGAGGAGUCUGUUGUCGGAUGUCGGCGGACAGGCUGGACUGUGGCUGGGCUUCUCCCUCCUCACCCUGGCCGAGAUUCUCGAACUCAUCGUGGACGUUGUCAUCCAUCUAUGCACAAAACCUUUCCGAUCAAACAAAGGACGGGUGAAUCCAGGCGAGAAAAGGGGCGAGGUGCACUUUUAGAAGUCCAUUUGUUGUUUUAGCCGUGAUGUCGUCCUAAUGACAGUCAAUAUAUUUCUGUACUCAAUUACGUGACUUCUACACGAAUACGUUAAGAUAUAAUUUCAAUACGAAUUCACUCUUAAAAUCCACCAUUUCAACACUAAUAAUCUAUUGCUAAAUGCUAUCAUUUCAACACUAAUACUUUUGCACAAAACGCUAAUAAUCUAUUGCUGAAUGCUAUUGUUUCAACACUAAUAAUCUUGCACAAAUGCGAUUAUUUCAACACUUAUAAUCUCAACAAAAGUCAUGAUUUCAACAAUAAUACUUUGCAGUGAGCCAUGAGUUCAACGCUAAUGCAAGUACACAUGUGUCAUGUUUUCAAAACUAAUACUAACAUUUUCUAUAAAUAAUGAGAUUGCUUUAGCUUUGCUAGAUAUUGUCAGAGUGAAGACGGGGACUGAAGCUUCAUGAUGU